UGAGGCUGUGCAGCCUUCUUGCUCUCCGCUACUUCACUGGAGCUGGCAAAGUGGGCACCAGACCUGACCAAGAGCCAUGGCAAAGAAUGGACUUGUAAUUUACAUCCUGGUUAUCACCUUACUCCUGGACCAGACCACCAGCCACACGUCCAAAUUUAAAGCCAAGAAGCACAGUAAACGCCGAGUGAAAGAAAAGGAUGGAGACCUGAAGACUCAAGUUGAAAAGCUCUGGAGAGAAGUCAAUGCCCUGAAGGAAAUGCAAGCCCUACAGACAGUCUGUCUCCGAGGCACAAAAGUUCACAGGAAAUGCUACCUUGCUUCAGAAGGCUUGAAGCACUUCCAUGAAGCCAAUGAAGAUUGCAUCUCCAAGGGAGGAACCUUGGUUAUCCCCAGGAACUCCGACGAAAUCAAUGCCCUCCGAGACUAUGGUAAAAGAAGUCUGCCGGGUGUCAACGACUUUUGGUUAGGCAUCAAUGACAUGGUCACAGAGGGAAAGUUUGUUGAUGUCCAUGGAGUCACCAUCUCCUUCCUCAACUGGGACCAUGCACAGCCCAACGGUGGUAAGCGAGAAAACUGUGCCCUGUUCUCCCAGUCAGCUCAGGGCAAAUGGAGUGAUGAGGUCUGUCGUAGUAGCAAGAGGUACAUAUGUGAAUUUAUCAUCCCUUAAUAGGGCCUUCUCAAAAAUGUAAGAUCAGUCACGAUUUACAGGCUGAUGGUUUGCAAGAGUCAGUCAGAAUUGUCACAUCGGCAUCUGUGUCCAUGGGAAUACAGGAGUCAGCCAGUUUUGUUACCACAUUUCCUUGUGAUUUUGCCCUCCAUGGGGUUUACAAGAUCAGAAAAUAAUGAUCUAGGUAUGUGCACACUGUUAAUAUGGCUUCUGCAGAAUGGACUAUUAAACCCUUCCCACUUUCCCUUGUAUAGAAAGGAGGUCUAUGUUAAAAACACAACAGUUACCUGGAUGAUUUUCUCUUGAAAGUUUAGUAUAUAUUUGAUUGAUGAGAAUUCUCUCAAUCAGAGACUCUGGGUGUGAUAAAAUCCAGAAAUCUCUCAAUCUGAUGCCCCAUCUGUUCCAUCCCAGUCCCGGCACCUUGCUAGCCCAUAAACUUUUCUCAGUUGCUGCAUCCCCUGGUGGGAGCUGCAUCUUCUUGCCACAUCAGAACAUGGAUAUCUCAGAAGUGUUCUGAUUUCACUUUGUUUUCUUCAUGACCCUCUUCCUCCACCAUAUACUUGCUCUGAUUUUGAAAAUGCUUUGACAAGUUCUGAAAGGAAAUGAUAAAGAAGUAUAUUUGGUCAAUUUCUAGUCUCAGAAUUACAUCAUGAUUCCUGACUUGAACGGGUAACCUUAAGGCAACUGUAUAGCAAAAUAAAGUAGGGAAAACAUAGGUCUGCUUUUCCCUGGCUUUAGUAUCCUACUCCUCCUGGAUGAAACUGAGGGUUCAUAUUAUAUAUGUCAGUUUUCCUUUCUACAUUUAUGUACUUAUGUAUGUCUAAACAAGCAUAUAUUAAAGUGUAUUGGGGCAAUCUACCUUUAGAGAUUGAACAUUGGAUGUAAAUACUACUAUUUUGGAGUCAUACAUCUAUGUAACAUUUUACUCUGUCAAAUGCUAUUUCCAUUAAACAGUUUUAGAUCAUAUAAAAGAAUUUCAUUGCCUAAUAUGAAAUUAUAAAGCUUAGGCUUGGGGGAAAUGGGCUUUUUAUAAGCCAAGAAUUCUAAGUAUAUUUUGCUCUUCAAAUAAAUGUCAUUUUUUCCUUUAAAUAUUGAAUAUGUUUUAUGAACAAUAUCUUUCUCUGAAAACUUCAAUUACAUGUGUUUGGAAUUAAGUUUUAGUUUUUUUUUUCACUGCACAAUAAUAAAGCCUGAGUUCUGGUUGA